AUGCGGCUUCGUAAGAUUAUUUCGCCCUUUUUGGCCAAGACUCGAAACACAGAUCUUAGGGUUCACAACGCGUCUGAGGACAAAAAGAAGCAUCAACUCUGCGGACUGCCCACGGAACUGAUGGACCUAAUUGCUUCCUUCAUGGACAAGCCUGCUUUGUGCGCGGUGCGCUUGACAUGCUCAACCCUCGAGCGCGCAACCAAGUAUCAAUUCGGACGGAUUGGCCUUCAUACGCUACACACAGAUCUCUCCAAGUUGAACCUGCUUGCCAUGGACGAACUCGCCGAGACCUGUGGCUUGAACCAGCAUGUCAAGAAGAUAUCCAUCGGCAGCGCUACUGGGAACACUAUUGGCUACGGUUUCAUAUGGUGUCGUGACAUCUUGGAGAAUGAGUAUCUCAACUUCCUCCAUUCUUCAAAUGGAUUCUUGAAGUUGAGGGCCGUCUUGAAGAAGUUCCCGAAUUGCCAAUCGUUCCAUAUCUCCUUGUCCAAUCAGCCCGAAUCGGGUACCUGGACCGACUGUCUCAGCCCCAGUGAUGCAGUGACACUCGUGCUGCAUCUCAUCCCGAGCAUGGCAAGACCCAUCGAGUCAUUCAGCUGCUCCUACCCGGACUUCGACAAACAUUCCGCAGGGGUCAUCGACCCCAGGAGAUUCUGCCCCCACACCUUUCAUCUUGUCCGCUUCGGCCUUUGCUGGUCCACCCUUACCGAGCUGUGCCUACUUGCGCAGGUGAAAGACGCUCUUCUGGCCGACCUUGUUUACGAGCUCAUUGAUCAGGCGCCCAAUCUGAAGAAGCUAGACUUGGACUGUGGUGGAGGCGAAGGGGUCGACGCCUUGUUCCAACUUCUGGGACAAGAGGGCAAUAACAUGAAGCUGGAGGUGUUCAAACUGUCAGGCGUGGUGGGUAUCUCGGGUCAGGACCUGCAGAGCUUUCUUCUCACCAACAGAAACUCUCUGCGCAUCCUGGAAUUGAGAACUGUUCGCUUUGACGCUGGGCUCUGGGAGACGGUUCUGGAGAGUCUGAUGCGCGAGUUCCCGGUCUUGAAGGAGCUGACUUUGCUUUGGAUCGCCGAUAGCACGACCGGUAGAUAUCCGAUCCAUUGGGUCCACGACAAUGUCAGGGAUGUACGAGGUCGCCAUGGUCGCAUUCGUAUUACCUACUCAGGUCUCCCUGUGCACAAUGCUCUAUACUCUCUUCUGGCACGCUAUCAGAUCCAGCCUCCGCAGCAGCUGUCAGUUCAAGAGGCCCAGUGA